AUGUUCAAGUACUAUAGAAUUAAUUUCUUUUUAAUAAGUUUAAUAAUAUUGCUUUUUAUAUUAUUGUUAUGUAGUGGUGGUUUACUUAUUUUCAGGGACAGUAUAAUAGUAGUUUGUGAUUAUUUUAAGUUUGAUUCUAUUGCAUUUUAUUUAGUACUUUUAGUAGUAUUAUUAGGUGUAUAUAGUAAUUGUUGCUUUGUUGAUAAGUUGGGGUGCACUAGGGUACGAGCAUUUUUGUUGGUUAGGUUAAUAUUUAGUAUAUUAUGCUUUUUAUUUUAUGAGUUGUCAAUGCUUCCUUUAUUAUAUUUAAUAUUUAGUAGUUCUCCUUACUCUGAACGAUUCUUGGCUGGGUUGCCAUUAGUGUUGAUGUUGAUAUAUCUUAUAGUUUCAAUAUAUUUAAGUGGUUAUAUAAUGAAGUUAGGAUUAUUAGGGGUGUAUCGGUGUUCAUAUUUUAUAUUUGAUUCGAGCUUGAUUAAAUAUUUGUUUUUAUGUUUUUUAACUUCUGUCUGUUUCUUGAUUUUGGAUGGUAAGCGUUGGUUAGCGUUUUUAAGUUUGUCACAUAUUGUGGUGCCAUUUAUUGGUUUAUUUAUAAUUAUAAAUAAUUCAUUUUUAUAUUGUUUAGGGCAUGGCUUAAGGGCUGGUAUAGUUUUUGGUUUGUUAUGGUAUUUAUAUGACUCGUCUAAUAGACGUAAUUGGUUAUUAUUAAAGUCAUCUAUAAAAUCUAAGGAUAUAAUGCUGCUAGUUAUUGUCAGUAUAUUAACUUUAUGUUCAUUUCCUACAACUAUUCAAUUUUUUUGUGAAGUGGGAUUAAUAAAGUAUUCGGCUGAAAAUUAUGUUUACAUAUUUUUUUGGGGAUUAUACUUGUUCUUUGGUGGGUUAGUGCCAUUAGUUUUAUGUGGUCAUCUGCUUAUACGAAGGGAAUGGUUAGAAAUGUUUAGCUAUGAAAAGUUCACUAUGUUUAAUUUUAUAGUUUUAUUAUGUUUGUGGUGUUUUACAGGUUUAAUAAUUAUAUAA